GAUAGAGGAAGAAACCCUGUGGGUGCAGUUCAUGUUAGCUUUAACGUUACUGUUAGCAGGCACCGCUGAGAAGUGGCUCUCCGUAUCUAAUUAUACAACAAAAAAUUUGUCUUCUAAACGAGAAUAAGGAGUUAUAACCGAGGCUCUCCGACGCCUGUUUCGCCAAGAUGAGCUUCCUGUUUGGUAGUCGCUCAUCCAAGACCUUCAAGCCGAAGAAGAACAUCCCAGAGGGCUCCCACCAGUAUGAGCUACUGAAACACGCUGAGGCAACCCUUGGCAGUGGGAACUUGAGGCAGGCUGUCAUGCUUCCUGAGGGAGAGGAUCUCAAUGAGUGGAUUGCUGUCAACACGGUGGAUUUCUUCAACCAGAUCAACAUGCUGUAUGGCACCAUCACAGAGUUCUGCACUGAGACCAGCUGUUCUGUGAUGUCUGCAGGACCAAGAUACGAGUAUCACUGGGCAGAUGGCACCAAUAUUAAGAAGCCUAUCAAAUGCUCCGCGCCAAAGUACAUUGACUACCUGAUGACCUGGGUGCAGGAUCAACUGGAUGAUGAGACGCUUUUUCCCUCCAAGAUUGGAGUUCCCUUUCCAAAGAACUUCAUGUCUGUGGCCAAAACCAUCCUGAAGCGCCUGUUCAGGGUUUACGCUCACAUCUACCACCAACAUUUUGACUCUGUGAUGCAGCUGCAGGAGGAGGCUCACCUCAACACCUCCUUCAAGCACUUCAUUUUCUUUGUUCAGGAGUUCAACCUUAUCGACAGGCGAGAGCUUGCUCCCCUGCAAGACUUGAUCGAGAAGCUUGGAUCCAAGGACAGAUAGACUUUCCACUACACACCUCCCUGUUUUAUUGGUUUCUUUUUCCUCUUUGUUCUUCUCUGAAACUUCUGCUACCUCUACGACUUCUAGUCUCAACUCUUAAAAUCUGUGCCUUCUUCUUGUCAUUUCAUCAAUGUUUGUACUGUACUUUUCCUCGUAUUCACUCUGUUGUCUUUUAUGCUGUCUUUGAGCCCCUUUUCCCCAUCUUACCACUCUAGAUCAUAUAAAAGAGUAUAGUGUAGUAGAAUAUUUUUUCACAGGACUGUCGCUGAUGACUCUAUAAGAGCAACCUACUGAAUUUUAUAUUGGACCAAUGACAUUGGAAAGAUAAAGUGAAAACCAGCUUUUUUUCUUCUGUAGAAGUUGGCAUACAGUGUUUUGAUUGUCUAAACACUUUUUAGUUAAUAGGCAAUUUUCUUUUUGUUGACUUUUAGCUAUUACAGGGACUGACCAAAUAUCCCAAUUUUAGCUUUUUUAACGUCUGUUAUUAUGGUAUAGUGGAGAAUAACAGGGAUGAUGGCAAGAAAAGUAGGGCUGUGAAUCAGGGUGGCCUUCACACCUGUGACAGUAUAAGUGUAUGGUUCAUAUUUUCAUUCUAACAUGAAGGCAGGCACAAAAGUAGGCACCACAAAUAGGUAGCUUUCUGUCACAAGCUGGUUUUAUGUAGGAUAUCCCACGUAUACUAACAUGCUUUCUAAUGACAUGCUCUUUGUCACAGUUAUCUAUGAAGACGUGCAGUGAUAGACGAUUGCUGGUGUUGCCUUUGUUUCAGAAAAACCCUCCAUUGACAGCAUUACGGCUGUUUCAUUUUAUCAAUGCAAUGUUGUGUUUUGCACAUUUUUCGGCUAUUUUCUUAAUUAAAAUUGUAAAAUGCAAGAUGUGGCCAUUCCAGUAAUACUUUUAAUCUGCUUGAUAGUUUUUAUUGAUAGCCUCUUCAGGUUUUUAUAAUUAAUGUCCCUUUUAAAGCAGUUGUAUAAUUGAACUCAUCCUGUCAGUAGCAAAAAUGAUUUGAUGUGAAUCUUAAGUUUUAGUGUCAUUUUAGUUCACUUCUGUUGUGCAGACUACAUGUGGAGCCCUGCAUAUUUCAUCUUUCAAUGCUGGUACCUUUUUUUUUUUUAAACUAUGAUACCCACCCUCCCGCCCAAAUUGGAAAAUAUAGUAAUAAUUAUAAGGAUGAAUGAACUGAAAUAUGUGUAGUGUCAGCAUCAUUUCCUGUGCUUAACUCUGGCUACAACAGCUGGGCUGUUUGUAAUGCCAUCCUUUUACAAAAUAAUGCAGCUACUAUUCCUGAUGAAUGUUAGGAAAACUUUGGACAAGGGAAUCGGUUCGUAACCUUCUCCACGUUGGACCUAAAUUCAUAUCAGACAAUCAUGUAACCAGUUAGGGGCUGUCGAUUUAUCACCAGGAACCAACCAGUGUGAUUGGGUGCAGUAAAGUGUCCAUUUCAUUAUGCACCACUUUUAAAAAGUUAAAAGCCCUUCAGCAAAGUGAAUAAAAACAAAUUUAAUUCACUGUAACUGCGAUUUAUCCACUUUUAGACCCUAAGUUGCUUGGGACAAAAAUCAAGCCGACAGCCAUGAACUAAAUCGUCUAUAAUUAUAUAAUCGUCUAGAUUUUAUUUGAAUAUGUCACCAGUCAUUUUCUUUUUCUCAGUUUUGUUUUAAAACUUUUGGCGUGAAGUUACAUUUCAUAUAAAAUUGUGAAAUAAAUAGUUCAUUUUACAUUUUCAAAUAAAGAAUAAGGGCUUUUAAAUGAAUUAAAAGUUUUGUCUGUUUACAAUUAUGCUCCAUUGGGUUCAUUUGGUGGCCAUUUUGACUAGGAGAAGGUCUGAAGAUGUAUGUACUGCAUCUGAACAUUUGUAAAUAAGAUCAGUGUUUUAUCUGAACAAAACUGUGCCUUACAAAAAUUAAAAUGUCGGAUAUGACAGUAUUGGCAGAUCAAGAACUCAAUAAACGCUGAAAGGACAA